AGAGAGAGAGAGAGAGAGACCGUGUGCGAGCGAGGGAGAGUGGGGAAGGAGAGGGAGGGGGGAUCAAAAAGGCAGAACUUCUGCGCCCAGCAACUUUUUCCCUUCGGCCGAUGAAGUGAGGGAGCGGGCGGCGCAGGAGCGGCUGCCGAGCGCGUCUCCCUUCCGGGCGCUCGGCGCUUCAUGUGGGCUGCCGAGGAGGAGGAGGCGGACUCGCCGGGAGCUGCCCGCUUGCCAGGCUCUGGAUCUAGGGGCGGACGGGGGCCCCGAGCGCCCCGAUCAUCUUUCCAGGACUUUCAGGACGCCGAUUAGGCAGAAGGCGGCGGCGGCGGCGGCGGCGGGAGGAGCCAGGAGCCCGGAUCGCCGGGCGCCCGGCCGCCGGGAUGUUCCAGCCCACCCCCAAGCGCUGCUUCACCAUCGAGUCGCUGGUCGCCAAAGACAGCCCGGCCUUGCCCGCCUCCCGCGCCGCCGAGGAUCCCAUCCGGCCGGCGGCGCUGAGCUAUGCCAACUCCAGCCCCAUGAACCCUUUUCUCAACGGUUUCCACUCCGCCGGCGGCCGAGGGGUCUACUCCAACCCGGACUUGGUCUUCGCCGAGGCCGUCUCGCACCCGCCGAACCCGGCCGCGGUGCCCGUCCAUCCGGUGCCCCCGCCUCACGCCCUGGCGGCCCACCCGCUCCCUUCCUCCCACUCCCCGCACCCGCUCUUCGCCUCCCAGCAACGGGACCCCUCCACCUUCUACCCCUGGCUCAUCCACAGAUACCGCUACCUGGGCCACCGGUUCCAAGGCAACGACACUAGCCCCGAAAGUUUCCUCCUGCACAAUGCACUAGCCAGAAAACCCAAACGGAUCCGCACCGCCUUUUCCCCAUCCCAGUUACUGAGACUGGAGCACGCUUUUGAGAAAAAUCACUACGUCGUCGGGGCAGAGAGAAAGCAGCUGGCGCACAGCCUCAGCCUCACGGAAACUCAGGUAAAAGUUUGGUUUCAAAAUCGACGGACAAAGUUCAAACGUCAGAAGUUGGAAGAAGAAGGUUCGGACUCGCAACAGAAGAAAAAGGGGACCCAUCAUAUUAACCGGUGGAGGAUCGCCACCAAACAAGCCAGUCCGGAAGAAAUCGACGUCACAUCAGAUGAUUAAAUUUAAAUCACCCCCCUUUUUUAAAAAAAAA